AUGUUUUCUGUGGCUUCUCAAAGCGAAUUGCAUUUACAGCAAUCAUCCAAAAGAGUGAGAUUAGAUUAUCAUGUUAAAGUUAGCAAAUUUAUGCUGUUUUGCAUUCAAAUAAAUCGCUAUUUUACUUCAUUUAUGCAGCACACCAUUCGACGAAAUAUUUUUCCAUCGCUUCGUAUUCAUAAAGGAAAAGUGAAUUGUUUUCAAAGGAAUUUGAGAAGAAGUGAAAAUUGCAAAAGUCUAGAAAUUAAUUUCAACAUUUUAGCGGCAUGGCAUGCUCAUCAUCAACACUCCGUCGACUUUUGUUAUUCGCCCUACAACUUCGACCCUAAUGUGCAUGCAUCUUCAAUCAUCAAAGUAAACCAAAUUCGAUUUGUAGUUGCGGCGUGGCGUGAUGUGAAAUUGACCAGAACAUGA